AUGCCUGUGUCAGCUGCUUGCUAUAUCAGAGGGGGUGGCUUCAAUAAUGUUUUUGUGAUUGGAGCCGAUGCUCUCUCUCGAUAUGUCGAUUGGACGGAUAGAGGAACCUGUAUUCUCUUUGGUGACGCUGCUGGUGCUGUGCUAGUACAGGCCUGUGAUAGUGAAGAGGAUGGUUUAUUUGCUUUUGACUUGCAUAGUGAUGGUGAAAGACUAAGGCACUUAAACACCACCAUCAAGCAAAAGGAAACAGAUCAUUUGUUAGAGAAGGCAGGUCUUACUGGAUCCAGCAUAGGCUGGUUGCUGCUUCAUCAGGCAAACCAGAGGAUAAUCGAUGCAGUCGCAACACUUUUGGAGGUCCCAUCUGAACGUGUUAUAUCCAACUUGGCAAACUACGGUAACACAAGUGCUGCGUCCAUUCCAUUGGCAUUGGACGAGGCUGUACGAAGUGGGAACGUGCAGCCAGGCCAUACUAUUGCAGCUGCUGGAUUCGGAGCUGGUCUUACAUGGGGCUCGGCCAUCAUUAGAUGGGGAUGA